UUCCUGCUUACGUGGCACGUGCUACGCAUGUCAGGAAGUCCAUGUCGGCUUUCCGUACGUGGCAGAAGUUGUGUGUAUUUUCUGGGCAUUUAUAACGAUUCAGAGGGUUUGGUGGUCAUUCGAGAUAACAGAAUUUGAUGCAGGCAAGUAUUUAGAUGAGGAUUGCAAGUGCCUGGUAUAGGAUAUGAGUGCACAGUUUCCCAGUAACUAUGGAUACAACCCAGGUGGAGCCCCACCUCCCCCUGGUCCGAUGGGUGGGAUGCCACCACGCCCAGGUCCCCCUGGUGGCAACAUGUACAACCACAACGGUCCUGCCCCACCAAUGCAGCCAGGACCCCCAGGUCCAGGACAAUUUGGAGGUGCCCAUCCCCCUCAGCCACAGGUGAUGAAACCAGGCCCACCUCAGAUGGGCCCUGGUCCAACCCAAAAUGGGCCUGCUUCUCAAAAUGGCCCACCACCAGGCCCACAGGGGGAUAACCGAUUUGGAGGACCACGGGGUCCAGCACCAGGUCCCCCCAGACCAGGCGCCUCGGGGCCCAUGAUGGGAGGCAACUUUCCCCCCGGGCCAAACCAGGCACCUAUGAGAGGGCCUCCACCACCCAACAGUAUGGGAGGAGGCCCACCCAAUAGUAUGGGAGGAGGCCCACCCAACAGUAUGGGAGGGGGACCCCCAAAUAGUAUGGCAGGGGGACCCCCAAAUAGUAUGGCAGGGCCACCACAACCCAGCGGUAUGGGAGGUGGCCCGCCUCCCCAUAGCAUGGGUGGUCCUCCAAUGGGUCAAGGGCCUCCAACAAGUCAGUUCAAUAGUAUGAAGAUUGCUGAUCAGAGAGCACCUGCUCCAUCAAUGGGUGGAAAUAUGGGCCCUGGUGGUUUUCCUCCCCAAGGAGGAAUAAGAGGCCCUCAACCGAACAUGGGGCCACCAAUGUCAUCACAUCAACCACCCACCAUGGGUUCACAACAAACUAAUUUUGGAGCACCAAAUAUGGCUCCUCCACAGACAAAUUUCGGUGCUCCACCAACUAGUAUGGGUCCCCCACAAACAAACUUUGGAGCACCACCAGGCAUGGGCUCUCCGACUUCUAUGGGGGCACCUCCCCAACCAGGGAUGCCACCAAUGGGGGGACAAGGGUUCCCUCCCACAAGUGCACCACCCACCAGUUUUGGACAGUCUCCUGUGAGCAUGGGAGGUGGGAUGCCCCCAGGGCCGGGAGCUCAGCCAGGAUUCUCCCAACCAUCAGGUCCGGGCGGAUUCCCUCCUCCUGGUCAACCCGGACCACCCACUAGUCAGUUUGGUGGGGGUUACGUAGGUCCGCAGAUGGGACAGGGGAUGCCACCUCAACCAGGUGGGCAGCCCGGGAGUCAGUUUCAAGGGGGUGGUGGUCCUCCAGCAGGACCCCAGGGAUUCGGCCAGCAGCAAUAUCAGUACGGUGCAGGAGGACAGAGACCACAGGCACAACCACAGCAACCAAGGAGGUUGGAUCCUGACCAGAUGCCAAGUCCAAUUCAAGUGAUUGAAGAUGAUAGAAGGAAUCGGAGUGGAUUAUUCCAGACAAAUGCAAAAGGAACAGUUCCACCCUUGGUUACCACAGAAUUUAAUAUUCAAGACCAAGGAAUGAGCAACCCUCGUUUCAUCCGCUCAACAAUGUAUAAUGUGCCUUGCACAUCCGACAUGAUUAAAUCAAGUCAUAUCCCCUUUGCUCUCUCCAUCACUCCAUUUGCCAAACUGCCUGACUCAGAGCAAGUACCCCCUCUGGUAGACUUGGGUGAACUUGGGCCUGUGCGCUGCAAGCGAUGUAAAGCCUACAUGAAUCCCUUUAUGCAAUUUAUCGACGGUGGGAGGAGAUUCCAGUGUGUUUUCUGUGGAGCUGCUACAGAAGUUCCAGCCGAGUACUUCGCACACCUUGAUCACACUGGGCGUCGGGUGGAUUGCUACAACAGGGCUGAGUUGUGUUUAGGAACAUACGAGUUCACAGCCACCAAAGACUAUUGUAAGAACAGUGUUCUACCCAAAGAGCCAGGUUUCAUCUUCAUGAUCGAUGUCUCCUACAACAGUGUGAAGAGUGGGUUAGUCCAGCUUAUCUGUGACAACCUCAAGGAAGAAGUCCUCGUCAACUUGCCCAAAGAGACUGGUAUGGAUGAAUCGGAGAUCAGGGUUGGAUUUGUAACUUACCACAAAGAGUUACACUUCUACAAUGUUAAGAGUUCUCUGGCUCAGCCUCAGAUGCUUGUUGUGUCAGAUGUGGAUGACAUGUUUGUCCCCUUGUUGGAUGGAUUUCUAGUCAAAUUGUCCGAGUCAGAAGCAGUUAUUGACAGCCUCCUUGCCCAGAUUCCAGUGAUGUUUGCAGAAUCGAAGGAGACGGAGACAGUGUUUGCUCCUGUUGUCCAGGCUGGACUGGAUGCCUUGAAGUCUGCGGACAGGACAGGCAAACUGUAUAUUUUCCACACGACGCUGCCCAUAGCCGACGCCCCUGGCAAACUGAAGAACAGGGAUGACAGAAAACUACUGGGCACAGAGAAGGAGAAGGCAAUCCUGACUCCCUCCAGCAACUUCUACACCAAGCUGGGGCAGGAGUGUGUGGCUGCAGGCUGCAGCGUGGAUCUGUUUCUCUUCCCCAACGCCUACACGGACAUCGCCUCCAUGGGGGAGGUGUGUCGACUCACAUCAGGCAACAUGUACAAGUACAGCUACUUCCAGGCUGAUAUAGAUGGAGAGCGUUUCAUUGAGGAUCUGAAGCGGAAUGUGAUGCGGCCAAUUGCAUUUGAUGGCAUUCUAAGAGUCCGAACUAGUCAGGGCAUACGCCCUGUAGAUUUCUUUGGCAACUUCUUCAUGUCAAACACAACAGAUGUGGAAAUGGCUGCCAUCGAUUGUGACCAGUCCAUCAAUGUUGAUAUUAAGCAUGAUGACAAACUGAACGAGGCAGAAGGUGCUUAUGUACAGGUUGCAGUGUUAUACACAACAGUGGCUGGCCAGAGGCGGUUACGAGUUCACAACCUUGCCUUCAACUGCUGCACGCAGAUGGCAGACCUCUUCCGCAGCUGUGAGCUGGAUGUUCUGGUCAACUACCUAUCAAAAUACACCAUCAGGAGCACGCUCAAUUCGAACCCCAAACAGGUGCGUGAGUAUGUGAUGAACGAGGUAGCCCAGAUCCUGGCUUGCUACAGGAAGAACUGUGCAAGCCCCUCGUCAGCUGGGCAACUCAUCCUCCCAGAGUGUAUGAAGCUCCUCCCUCUCUACGCCAACUGUGUCCUCAAAAGUGAUGGAGUGCAGGGAGGUUCGGAGAUAUCAACAGAUGACCGCAGCUAUCUGAUCCACCUCAUCAACUCAAUGAAUGUUGAAUCGUCCAAUGUCUUCUUCUACCCUCGUCUCAUGCCACUCCAUGAAAUAGAUUUGGAUGGAAACGACGACCCAGCAGCUAUCCGCUGUUCACAUGAACGCCUGCAGGAUUCCGGGAUUUACCUCCUAGAAAAUGGACUCUCAAUGUUUGUGUGGAUCGGUCACAAUGCUGAUCCUGACUGGAUACAUAAGAUCUUUGGAGUUCAAAGUGCAGCUCAAAUUGAUAUAGAUAAAUGCCAACUGCUGCCCCUGGACAACCCAAUCUCACGGCGGGUCUGUGAAACUAUUUCAAGAGCAAGAGGCAAGAGGAAUCGCUUCCUGAAGCUGACAAUUAUUCGCCAGCGUGACAAACUAGAACCGUGGUUCAAUCAUUUCUUGGUGGAAGACAAGGGACUGAAUGGAAGUGCCUCUUACGUGGAUUUCCUGUGUCAUAUACACAAAGAGAUUCGCAAUAUUCUCAGUUAAUAACUACCUACAAAGUCUGUGGAUGACACACCCAAUCUUUCAUCUGAAGUCCAGAGUGCCAGAAGACUAGUGAUACCGGACAUGCUUAUCAACACAGUUGUCUUGAAUAGUAACAAAAUAUGACAAGACAAUGUUCGCAAACUGAAGUGCAACCUUGUGAAACUGUUAUGUUUUAAGACAAAUGCUGUCUCGCACGGAGAUGUUAGGAUGAGAGUGGAAUAAGUCAGUUCUUAAUUCAAAGAAUUUACUUGUAUGUUUUACGAUCUUUUGUAACAGUGUAUGUAUGAAUUAUUUCAAAGAUAUAUCGUCAGCCAAGCAGCUGAAGCAUGUGGAUUGUGCAAACUGAUCUGUUGAUAGCUUAGGACAAAUCAAACAUUAUAUUGUGCUGUCAUGAAAAAUACCAAUGUGGGGGUAGAGAGAUAAGAUUGGGGUGAUAAUAUAGCGAUACAGUAUUUUGUGUGGUACUGUAUCGCAGUACGAAUCACCAUGGUUGUUGUGAUCAACAGUUGGUGCAAUCAAUAUUUGAAGUUGUUGGAGACAUGUACCGUUCAAAAUGGUUAGGGAUCUUGAAUAUUUUGGGGUAUAUUACAUAUGAAAGUGUGCGCUCAGUCUUCAUUACAAAACGUCCCCCAAAAUAUGAUCCGUAACCUUUUUGUUCAGUAUGUGAUUUAUUUUAUCUCUCAUUUUGUUUUAGGAACAUUUGUCUGUGAAUGGAAGCAUGUUUGACUGUUACUUUGUUACCAUAUUUUAACCACUGUACAUAAAAUCCUGCUUUGUAAAUAGGUUCAGUUGACACUGUACAUUCUACACAAUCAGUCUUUAAUGCAUAUUUAUUGUGUGUACAUCACAAGAUCGUGACUGCAUCGCUUUAAGUGGUCAUGUUCAACACGGUGACAUGGUCAUAAAUUUCAUAUCUUCAGUCAGGGCUGUAGAAUAUACAGAGUAGCUGCUGAUCAGCAUAUGUAGGAGUUUGUGCCAUGAGCUAAUCAAAUUAGGUCCAGUAUACAAAACCGGUAAUUGUCGGAGUGGUUCUGAUUGUGUUGAUAAAUCUCAUGAAUUGACUACUUAACAUCAGAUUAUAAUACACUCGGAACAGUUUAACUAGAUAUCAAAUCAUGACAUGCUUACAGAUUAGGAGCUCUAGUCUUUUUCUGUUACUGACGUAACCAUGGUAACGAGAACCCCCUGAUCAUCACCGAAUGCUAAUGUAGUUACAUCUCUGCUGUACAAUCGAUAUGCAUGCUGCAGUCCACUGACCAAGCCUGUAUUAUACAGUGGAAAAAUAAACCAAUAUUUUGUC